AUGGCCAAUGUACGGCUGGAGUUCAAGGCGAGCGCCGGGGAUGGUGACCCACAGACCAGGCCCAUCCUUAUCCUGGGACAACUGCCGAACCUGCAGCGCCUGCUGUGGGCCGAAGUGAGGGGGAAGCUGCAGCCCCGAGUCACCGAGGAGGUAUGGAAGGGAGGUCUGAGUUCUUUAAGCCCCAACCCCACAGACAGCUGUCCCCAUCUACCUGAACCUGGCUACCAUAGCAGCUCUGCCAUCCCGAGUCAGCCGGCACAACAGCCCUUCCGCAGCUCACUUCAUCACACGCCUGAUUCGGAACUGCCUCCCACCUGGGGCAAACAGAUGUGUCCUUAUGGUAUGCGAGCGCUCAGAGGUGUUUGCCAGCGCCUGUGCCAUAGCUCGAGCCUUCCCAUUAUUCACCAGGCGUUCUAGCGCCUCCCGCCGUGCAGAGAAGAAGAGCGUGACUGUGGAGUUUCUGCUGAUUGGACAAAACAAUGGGCCUAUGGAGUUCACCACGCUGAAGUGCCUGGAGAGUGCCACUGAAGGGGUGAGACUGGCAGCUCGCAUAGUGGAUACUCCCUGUAAUGAGAUGAAUACCGACCACUUUGUUGAGGAGAUAUCGGCUGUAGGGAAGGAGCUUGGCAUAAUACCACAGAUUAUUCGUGGUGAGGAGCUGAAGGUUAGAGGGUUUGGUGGAAUAUAUGGUGUUGGUAAAGCUGCUGAACACGCGCCUGCCCUGGUUAUACUGAGCCAUACACCAGAAGGUGCCACCCAGACCAUUGCCUGGGUUGGGAAAGGCAUUGUAUAUGACACUGGAGGACUCAGCAUCAAGGGAAAGACCACAAUGCCUGGUAUGAAGAGAGAUUGCGGUGGAGCUGCAGCAGUCCUGGGGGCAUUUAAAGCUGCAGUGAAGCAGGGCUUUAAAGACAAUCUCCAUGCCUUGUUUUGCUUGGCAGAGAACUCUGUUGGACCAAAUGCAACACGACCUGAUGACAUUCAUCUACUCUACUCUGGGAAAACGGUUGAAAUAAACAACACUGAUGCUGAGGGAAGAUUGGUUCUAGCUGAUGGCGUCUCUUAUGCUUGCAAGGAUCUGAACGCAGAUAUCAUUCUGGAUAUGGCAACCUUGACUGGGGCUCAGGGAAUUGCUACCGGUAAAUACCAUGCUGCUGUACUAACCAACAAUGAGGAGUGGGAGAUGGCCUGUGUGAAGGCGGGCAGGAAAUGUGGAGACCUGGUCCACCCGUUAGUGUACUGCCCUGAGCUGCACUUUAAUGAAUUCUCCUCUGCUGUGGCAGACAUGAAGAACUCUGUGGCAGACCGGGAGAACGCCCAGAGUUCUUGUGCUGGGCUUUUCAUUGCCUCUCAUAUUGGCUUUGACUGGCCAGGAGUCUGGGUUCAUGUGGACAUCGCAUCUCCUGUUCAUGCGGGGGAGAGGGCCACAGGUUUUGGGGUGGCAUUACUCCUAUCCCUGUUUGGUCGUGCCUCCGAGGACCCUCUUCUCAAUUUGGUUUCCCCUCUGGGAGAGGAUGAAGUGGAAGAAAACCCUGAACGGGAUACUAAAAGGAGGCGUCUUGUAUAA